AGAUGGUUCUUACAACAAUGACUCAUUUCGUUUAUCUCUUAUCCUAACCCCAGUGUAAACCAUGUAUUUUGUGAUGUAAUAUUGUGUGCGGAAUAAAUGGACGUAAAAUUUAUACUCUUUUGAAUUCAUCAAGUCGCCAGGCAAUUCGUUCGAGGCCACCAAACGUUCAGUUCGCGUACCAUCAACGUUCGAGCCGGCAACAUUUUGGUGUCGACAUCAGUUGGUGAAGUUUGUUAAUUUUUUGAGUUCAGGGAUCUAACUAUAUAUUCAAGCAUGGAGAAACAAGGAAAUCCCCCACCAUAUACUGGCCCAUACAACGGACCCCCAGGACCUCAACCUGGAUUCCAAAUGCCGCCACAAGGAAUGCCUCAACAUGAUCCACAACAAACAGUAAUUGUUACUCACACCGUGGCCCAGGUUCCUGUAGGCCCUUCUCCAACAUCGACAACAUGUCCAUCAUGUCAUGCUCAGAUAGUUACUUCGGUGGAAACUGAAACAACAACAAAGACGCACUUGUUCGCCUUAUUACUGUGCCUUUUCGGAUGUUGGCCAUGUUGUUUAAUUCCAUAUUGUGUGGAUUCAUGCCAAGCUAAAACUCAUUACUGUCCCAAUUGCAGAGCUUACAUUGGAAGAUUCGAAAACUAAGAAUUUAUUCUAAGAUUCUUAGAAAGUUACCAACUGAAGAAGCUAAAAUGAUCUCUCGAUCCAUUUUAUAAGAAUCAAUAA